UGGUACUCCUGCUCGCGACGCUCUCCUCGAAACGAUUCUCACAUCGCGGGACCGCUGAUGACUCUCUUCAGACGUCUGCAGACGCCUUGCCCUUACCUCAUUCAGUGAACAAGUGUAUGCUCGUAAAAUUACGAUUGUGACUUUUCGAGUGAAAUAAAAUCGCGUGGACGUUUCUAUUUUGUAUUAUGGAGCCGUACGACGUAAUCGUCAAUCAGCCGGUGGUUAUCGAUAACGGAUCUGGUGUGAUUAAGGCGGGGUUUGCGGGCGACCAGAUACCAAAAUGUAGAUUUCCAAAUUAUAUUGGAAGGCCAAAACAUGUACGUGUUAUGGCUGGUGCUUUAGAGGGAGAUCUAUUUGUGGGUCCAAUAGCUGAGGAACAUCGUGGCCUUUUAUCCCUUCGAUAUCCAAUGGAACAUGGCAUAGUCACAGAUUGGAAUGAUAUGGAACGCAUUUGGUCUUAUGUCUAUAGUAAAGAUCAGUUGGCGACAUUUAGCGAGGAGCAUCCUGUCUUACUUACAGAAGCACCUUUAAAUCCGAGAAAGAAUCGUGAAAAGGCAGCUGAAAUAUUUUUUGAAACGUUUAAUGUUCCAGCUUUAUUUGUUUCUAUGCAGGCUGUACUUAGUUUAUAUGCAACAGGUAGAACCACAGGAGUGGUUUUAGAUGCUGGCGAUGGUGUUACACAUGCUGUACCUAUUUAUGAAGGUUUUGCUAUGCCUCACAGUAUAAUGCGAGUUGAUAUAGCAGGACGUGAUGUUACAAGGCAUCUUAGAUUACUUUUACGCAAGGAAGGUAUUAAUUUCAAGACUACGGCGGAAUUUGAAAUUGUCAGAAUAAUUAAAGAACGAGCGUGCUAUCUUGCUAGCAAUCCACAAAAGGAAGAAACGAUAGAAACGGAAAAAUUUCAAUAUGUAUUACCUGAUGGUAGUCAUUUGGAGAUUGGUCCGGCACGAUUUAGGGCUCCUGAAGUGUUAUUUAGACCAGACUUGAUAGGUGAGGAAUGUGAAGGCCUUCAUGAAGUAUUAACAUACUCCAUUCAGAAGUCCGAUUUGGACUUGAGGAAAGUUUUAUUCCAAAAUAUUGUACUCUCGGGAGGAUCAACAUUAUUUCGCGGUUUUGGUGAUAGAUUAUUAUCAGAAAUUCGCAGGAUGUCCCCAAAAGACAUUAAAAUAAGGAUAUCUGCACCCCAAGAACGAUUGUAUAGUACUUGGAUUGGUGGUUCCAUUUUGGCUUCUUUAGACACUUUUAAAAAGAUGUGGGUGAGUAAAAGAGAAUUCGAUGAAGAUGGUAUACGGGCUAUUCAUCGUAAGACAUUUUGAAUUUAGAGAACCUUUCGAGAAUGUUAUAUAUCGCGAAUAAUUUUAUUAUAUCAAUAUGAAAUAAUGGCACACUCGGCACAAUAACAAAAUAUAUUGCGGCAAAUAUAUUCUUAAUUA